AUGAGCUGCUGGAAGGAUGGGACUGUGACGUAUUUGCUGCUGCUCUCUACCCUCUGCCUGGCUGGCUCUGAAAACAACAAGACUGAAUUGAUGAGCCCACAUGGCAGAAGGGAACAGUUUGCCAUCCGUCUCAAGAGAAACCUGGAUGCCUGCCUGCCAAACCCAUGCCAGCACCAGGGGGACUGCCAGGUGUUGGAGGACAGACCAAUUUGCAACUGCAAACCAGGCUUCACAGGGGCAUUCUGCCAAGAUGUGGUACUGAGGUUGGCUUGCGAGGAAGAGCACAUGAAGAUGAUGGUGAGGAAAGAGGUGUUUGAACUCUUGAAAAUCCCCCAAGAGCUUGUCCACUUGAAGAACCAGGCAUGCAAGGUCUCAGAAAGGGAAGAAGAGGGCGAACUAUUCUUUGCAGCCAUUCUCACAGGUGAAAACCACACUGCCUGUGGAUCAGUGAUUCAGCAAAACAGCUCCCACGUGUCAUACUCCAACGUCAUUGAGUCAGAGCGGAAAGCGCGUGGGGGUGUGAUCUCCCGAAGUUUUCAGCUGGAGGUACAUUUCGGCUGUGUCUAUGCCUACGAGCAAGUGGUGAAAGUGCCCUUCGCUCUCACUGCCAUCGACAAGCUGGUGCAGUUUGUGGUCAAAGAAGGGCACUUCAACGUGACUAUGAGACUGUACAAGACACCCUCCUACCUCCAGCCCUAUCACCACCAGCCUGCAGCCAUCCCCAUCACAGACACACUGUAUGUCAUGCUGAAGAUAGAAGGGCAGCACCAGCUCAAGUACUUCCUCCUGAGUGUUGAGGACUGCUGGGCCACGCCAAGUUCAGACCCUUACCAGGAUGUGCGGCACGAGCUCAUCAAGAAGGGGUGUCCCCAUGAUGAGACGGUGACAUACCUCAACGCCAUUGGAGAGAGCACUAUGGCCAAGUUCAGCUUCCAGAUGUUUCAGUUUGUUGGUUACUCAGAGGUGUUCCUGCACUGCCGUGUCCGGCUGUGUCUUCCAGACAGCCCAGAGCCCUGUGCCAAGCAAUGCUCGAGGCACUCAAAGAACAAGCGGGCACUGGCAGAUGACUACAAUAAGAUUGUCUCCUAUGGGCCCAUCCACCUGCUGGCUGCUCCCUCCCCAAGAGCAGAGACCCUCCACUCUAAGACUGACCAGAAAGACUCCGGGGGACCCAAUAUGUGGCUUCCUGGGGCCCUAGUCCUGCUGUGUGUGCUUGGCGUGUUCACUGUGGCUGCUGUAGCCAUCACCAUGGAGAGACGAACAAUGUAG